AUGGCCAGCAGCAGCAUGGCGGCGCCGCUACCACGUUCGCCGCCGGCGCUGAUGGACGAGCUCGUGGAGGAGAUCCUCCUCCGCGUACCGCCGGACGACCCCGCGCGCCUCGUCCACGCCGCCCUCACCUGCAAGCGCUGGUGCCGCCUCGUCUCGGACCCCGGCUUCCGCCGCCGAUUCCGCCUGUUCCACCGCGCGGGCCCCAUGCUCGGGUUCGUCUACCGCGGCACGUGCACCACCGGCUUCACGCCCACCUCCUCCUUCCGCCCGCCCGGCGCCGCCGUCUGCCGCGACUGGUGGCCGCUCGACGCCCGCCACGGCCGCAUCCUCUUCCGCGACGCUGUCCUGAUCCAGGCCGGCAAAGACAUAGGGCUCAUCGUCUUGGAUCCCAUCGCCGGCGAGGUGCGCAGGCUGCCCUUGCCGUGGUUCACGCGCUCUUACCGCUCCUGGAACGCGGCGUUGCUCUGCGCCGCCGCGGGCUGCGACCACCUCGACUGCGCCCCCGGAGGCCCCUUCAUCGUGAUCUUUGUGGGCACAGACGCGGCCACGGGGUUCACUUCCGUUUUGGUCUAUUCAUCCGAGGCUGCUAAGUGGCGCCUGACCGCACUUAUUGAGGGAACCAGCUACGAUAUGAUCCAUGGGGGCAGUACCCUUGUCGGCAAUGCGCUCUACUACCAGGAGCAGAUCAGGGGGAUCCUGGAGUACGAUUUGGGCAAGAAAAAAUUGUCUUUCAUCAAGCUACCGCCGAAGUACUGCAGGAGGCCGAGCAUGAUUGUGCUCAUGGCAGCGAAGGGUGGUGUUGGGUUGGGAUUCGCCACACUGGAGGAUUUCGAUCUCUACAUGUGGUCGAGGGAUGAGUCUGUUCCGAGUGGAUGGACGCAACAAAGAGUCAUUAAGCUCAGGAGCUUGCUCAAUGCUCCUGCACUCUCAUUCUCACGUUACAUGAUGAUCGCUCUGGCGGAUGGGGUCGGUGUUGUUUUCAUAUUGGCUCGUGAUCUUGGGGUCUUUGCUGUUGGCCUCGAGUCUGGCCAGGUGAGGAAGGUUUCUGAUGAUGGCGACAGAAUCAUCGAUGUUUUUCCCUACGUGAGCUUCUGCACUCCAGGUAGUUGCCUCAUGUGUCUCAUCCAUCUUUAA